CCUAAAUCCUCUCAGAAUAAGGAGCGACUUCGCACUUCUGAGUUAGUGUCGAGGUAAGCUGCCAUCUGAUCUAAUGAAUGAGAUUGUGGAAUUUCCACUAGCAAUCAAAAUGAUUUGUUCUUAACACUGAUUGAAUGUAUUGAAUGUUCCAGAGGCGGAAGUAUGCGAUUGGUACAACUUACCUACGUCCACAGUCCCUUCCGCAUAUUAAUGUCUUCUUAACACUUGUUAAACAGCAAAUUAAAGAUGAAAUUCGCAAUUAUUUUAACAUUUUCAUAAGGUUCUUAGGUUUAAUGUAACAAAUUAAUUAUUAGUCAAGAUAAGUUUGGGCCGAAUGGCGAGGAUUAUCAAGGUAGUUUCAGAAAAAUUAGAGGCUAGGUCUAAGAUAACUUCCGAUGACCAAGGCUUCUAGCAAAAAUAUGUUUGUUCAAUUUUCUUAGGGAAUACUUCAUUGCAUUUGUUUUGUUUCCGCUAUUAAUUGCUAUGUUAAAUCAAUAUAUUCUGUAUCUUUACUGCCCAGAGGAUUUGUUUGUGGUACAAGAUUUAGAAUGUAUGGUUUCCAUAUAUAUAUAUAUAUAAUAUAUAUAUAUAUAUAUAUGUAUUUAUAUAUGUGUCUGUGUGUUGUUGUUGUUGUUGUUGUUGUUGUUGUUGUUGCUAAUGAGGGUCUCUAAUAAGUUUCAAUCAUUUUAUUGUUUGAUGUCAGAAGUGUAACCACAAAGGAAAGCAGUGGUAAUCAAUGUACAACAGAGAGGUGCACAUGGCCUGUCCAUUGAAAUUUAUUGUUCUCUUUGUCUUCAAAUUCUACAUUUUUGGUAUUGUGGAAUGUGCCAACAACACAAAUGUUAUCAGCCAUUGCAUCAUUAAAAAGCCAUGUAUUGGAACUUAUGGAGACAUAUAAUGCUUUGGCUUCAGGGGAGAACAGCUUUAACAUUCGAGCAGCAUUGUAUCCAGCAAAGAAGCCUUCUUCUGUACGUGUCUUUGUGAAUGUAUAUGGACUUAAUGGAACACAGAGUCCUAGAUCAAAUGCAUGCAAAUACACUUGGAGUACAAAUUGCCUAUUUGUUGCAUUACCUGCAGCUGUCCUGCAGGUCAUGUCUCUUGGUUCAAUAAUAGUGAGUCCUCGCACACAGCAUCUAGAUAUAACCCUGCCAUCCUUUUGCUGUAAAGUUUCUGAGGACAGGAGAGAAAAGAUGAUCGAGGAUGUUAUAGCUGAGGUAAGUGUAAAUCUGCUGGUGGAUGUGAAUUUCCUUGCUUCAUCUGAGAACAAUAUAGUUAAGGUAUAAGAACUCCUGGUUUGUUUAUUGAACCAAAAUAAAUCAAAGAUUCUUUAAGUCAUAUCUUCUAAAUGAAUUUUUGAAUGAAUAAAAAGUUAAUUCACUUGAAAAAAUACACAUGCUUACACAGAAUAAUAUAGAGCUAUAGCCAACCUUAAAGUGGACCUGCAGAUGUUAUUUUUCACACGUCCAAUCACAAUCACUGAAUGUUAAUCCUUGUGGAAAGGGACACACACUUGGAUUGGUGGAUUGGAACUUAUUUCCCUCAAGUUCUAUUAAAACAAUAUGAAAAGGUGUCUCAAAAAUAACCGGUACACAGCAUCAAACAAGCCAAAAUGCAAGUUAGUACAUUACAUAAAAUUAAAUAGUUCAGGUGCUAUAAACAAUUGUUCUCUUAAAAAAAGAACCGCAAUGCUGCUGACCUUAAAGCAAAAUCAGUUUUACAACAUGUGACUUGUGUGGCUCAAAAUAGCAAUAGCUAGAGCAGCUUACUUAAUAUACCAUUGGCUUCUUCCUAUGAUUGCAUAGACUAUUGGAAAAUCAGAAAAAAUAACUUAUUGUGUGAUUUCCAUUUUUGAGAUUAUUCAAGCAGCUUUUCAGCAUAGCUGUUAACAGGGAUGUGUAUUACACUUAUUGUUAUUUCAAAAUGGUGUAUUAACUUUAUAUACCACUUUUUAUGCUGUCUGAUUUAUAGCUCCAAGACUUGGCGGUGAGUCCAGCAAAACCAGAUCCAAGGCUGAACACAGCUGAAUGUGUCAUUAAGGAUCAUGACCCAAAAAUACUGGAUACAGGACGCAGUGGUUUAAUAUAUUCAAUGUUAUUCUGCUCUUUUAUAUCUGUCAUGCUACUGGGUCCAUUACUAGCUUACUUUAUCUUGGAGUAUUUGAAGAGUUCUCCUGGGGAGACCAGCAGGUUUUGUUGUUGGGAGGAAAAGCCAGUAGUUUAUGCAGCAAAUUUAACUGUUGUUGUUAUGCUGCUAAUAGAAAUUGUAAUUAUUAUUUACUCCUUUAUCAAAAGUUACAAUAUAGGGCUUCCCAUGAUAUUUAUAUUAAUAAUCACUGCUGAGGGUCCUGUAAUUGUCUCCAUUUUAAAAUUGAAAAAGUAUAUACGAGGUAACCAAGGAGGUAAUGGAGGUAACCUGGGCCCUCAUGGCAGAGUCAAAGAUACCAUGAAAAGGAUCAUUGCAUUUUUCAGGAGUUCAAUCUAUUACAUAUGGGUAAAUUUAGUCCUAUACCAUUUUUUCUGGCUGCUUAUAGGCAUAAUGAUAACCCCAACCUGGGGGUUAACUGUUUUUUUGGUAAUCUUGGUAUUUAUCAUCGUCUUUUUUUCUGCACUAUGGCAUCUUUUUAAACAAGCAAAUCUUCAAGCAUAUAUAUUCUCUGGGUUUUGUUUCUUUGGCUGUUGUUGUGCUGCUGUUGUUCCAUUAUUAGCAGGGAACUCAUUUUAUGGAAGGGAAACUGCGGAUGACAUUAUAAAGGUGGUGCUGUUGUAUAUUAUCACUUACUUGGUUCCCAAGAUGCUAAAGUUUAAUGAGUCACAAACCUCAGGGCCCACCGAUAACAGGGAUAAGCCUUCAGUGCCAAAUGCUGAAAAUAGGUUUGAGCUCCAACAACCAGGAAUGCGAGAUGGUGAGCAAAGAGGUUUGCUCACGAACACUUUAGGAUAGACUCAGGCAUUAUCACCUCCGCUGUUAUUUGGAAAAUGAGCACCCCUUCCUUAGGAGGUUGAAAACUGAACCCAAGAUAACGUUAGAUGUUAGGUUGACUGCACUGCUACUGGGAGUAAUUUGAAAGUUAUAAAUUAGUCAAGUUAGUGAUUUAUGAUUGCUAAAAACAAAUCAGCUAUGCAGAAAAUAUGAUCAGUGUAACUUGGGCCAACUGUGAGCUACCUAAGCGAAGAACCUGGUAUGCUAUGUAAGUAACAUUAGAGUUAUAGGCUAUAAACUGUGUAAGUAACGACAUUUUUUACAGCGAUCUAGGUAAGCUACUUAGUAAAAUAUAAGGUGAAAUGUAAGAACUUAUAGCCUACCCAUUAAUUUUCGUGCGAUUUCGUUGACUGGUUACUUUACGUCACGUGGUGCAAAAUCACCGGACAGUUAUCACGAAAUAAUUCCCGUCUACGUCGAUAUUUGUCCUCCGAUUAUUUCCGUCGAAAAGAAACAAAGCCAGCGGAACCAAAAGUCACUUAAGAACCUUACUUUUUCAUCUUUAUUACUUUUUACAAUAAAGUUCGGAUAUAACGCGC